AUGGCCCCCUCACUCGAGGAGCCGGAGCCGAUCGCAGACGUUCUCGCGGACCCCGUCAAGCAAAAACCCCAGCUCGUGGCCCCGGAGCCGGAGCACUGCCCCGGGCCCGAGUCCCAGCAGGCCGGCAAGGCCGACUCGUGCGCCGGGUGCCCGAACCAGGCCAUCUGCGCGGCGGCGCCCAAGGGCCCGGACCCGGACAUUCCGCUCAUCUCGGCGCGCCUGGAGAACGUGAGGCACAAAAUCCUCGUGCUUAGCGGCAAGGGCGGCGUGGGCAAGAGCACAUUCACGUCGCUGCUGGCGCACGCCUUUGCAACCAACCCGGACAGCGCCGUCGGCAUCAUGGACACGGACAUUUGCGGGCCUAGCAUCCCCAAGAUGAUGGGCGUCGAGGACGAGACGAUCCACGUGAGUGGGUCGGGUUGGUCGCCCGUCUGGGUCAUGGACAACCUAGGGGUCAUGAGCAUCCAAUUUAUGCUGCCUAACCGCGACGACGCCGUCAUCUGGCGCGGGCCCAAGAAGAACGGGCUCAUCAAGCAGUUCCUCAAGGAUGUCGAAUGGGGCGAUCUCGACUUCUUGCUCGUCGACACGCCACCGGGCACGAGCGACGAGCACCUGAGCGUCAACUCGUUCCUCAAGGAGAGCGGCAUCGACGGCGCCGUCGUCGUCACCACGCCGCAGGAGGUAUCCCUGCUCGACGUCCGCAAGGAAAUCGACUUUUGCCGCAAGGCGGGCAUCAGGGUCCUGGGCCUGGCCGAGAACAUGAGCGGCUUCGUGUGUCCCAAGUGCAAGGGCGAGAGCCAGAUCUUCCGCCCCAGCACCGGCGGCGGCCGGGCCCUGGCUGCGGAAAUGGGCAUUCCCUUUCUCGGAGCCGUGCCGCUGGACCCGCGCAUCAGGAUGGCCUGUGACUACGGAGAGAGCUUCUUCGACUCGUUCCCGGACAGCCCGGCCUGUGUGGCAUUCAAGGGGGUGGUCAAGGGGGUCGCGGCCCAGCUGGGACUUGACGCCCAGAGCGUGUUGCCAGACGACUGA